AUGGAUAAGCAAAAUAGGGGAUGGAUAAAACUUAAGGACAGAACUUUGCCAGAGUACUUGAAAGGAAUUGAUGAUUUUUUAAAUUUUGCUUUCUUUGGAUCGAAACCGAAAAGGUUCAUCAGGUGCCCAUGCUCUAAAUGCAAUAAUUUUAAUUAUAAAUCAAGAGAUGAUGUGAUGCAUGAUUUACUAAAAUGGGGAUUUGAACCAAGUUAUGAGCGUUGGGAGUAUCAUGGCGAAAGUUUAAGUGAUGCAUCAUCUGAUAAUGACGUUGGCAACGAUUGCGAUGUUGAUCUUGAAACAAGUGAUAAUGCUCAAACUUACUCCAUGCUUCAUGACAUGCAUCAAUCACUUAACAUGGAUAGAGGUAAUGUGUUUGAUAAUCCUGGGCCUAGUAGUAUGAAUGAGGAGCCUAAUAAGGAUGCUAAAAGGUUUUAUGGAUUGUUGAAAGAUGCUGAGCAAAAACUUUAUCCUGGUUGUCAAAAAUUCUCCAAAUUAUCUUUUAUUAUGCGCCUUUUUCAAAUGAAGUGUGUUUAUGGAUGGAGCAAUAAUUCAUUUGAUUCACUAAUAAAACUACUCGUUGAAGCUUUACCUGAAGGAAAUGUUCUUCCCAACUCUAUGUAUGAGAUCCAUAAGACUAUUAGAGAUCUUGAACUUGAUUAUGUCAAGAUAGAUGCUUGUGUCAAUGAUUGCAUUCUGUUUAGAGGAGAAGAAUAUGAAAAUCUGGAUAAAUGUCCAAAAUGUGGGGAAAGUAGGUGGCAAGAAAAGAAGAAGAAGAAUGUUGUCCCCAAUAAGGUAGUUCGAUACUUCCCUAUAAAACCAAGACUACAAAGAUUAUUUAUGUCAAAACAAAUUGCAGAUGAUAUGAAAUGGCAUAAGAAUAAAAGAGUUGAUGAUGGAGUUAUGAGGCACCCGGCUGACUCAUUAGCAUGGAAACGUUUUGAUGAUAACCAUGAACUUUUUGCUUCAGAUCCUCGUAAUGUAAGACUUGGCUUAGCAUCUGAUGGUUUCAACCCGUUUGGUAUUAUGAGCACCAACUAUAGUGUGUGGCCAGUUGUUUUAAUUCCUUAUAACUUGCCUCCUUGGUUGUGCAUGAAACAGCCAAAUUUUAUUUUAACUUUGCUUAUUCCUGGCCCAAAAGGUCCUGGGAUAGAUAUUGAUGUUUAUCUUCAGCCGCUAAUUGAUGACUUAAAAGAUUUGUGGGAUGAAGGUAUUGAAACUUAUGAUGCAUCAUCGAGACAAAAUUUUCAAUUGCAUGCAGCCUUAUUGUGGACAAUCAAUGACUUUCCGGCUUAUGCCAUGCUAUCUGGAUGGAGUACUAAAGGAAAACUAGCUUGCCCUUGUUGUCAUUCAGGAACCAGCUCUUGUCGUUUGAAAUAUGGUCACAAGCAAUGCUACAUGGGCCAUCAUAGAUUCUUACCUACUCAACACCCUUGGCGUAUGAAAAAGAGCCCUUUUGAUAACACACGAGAGUUAAGGAUUGCACCUGAACCAUUAACUGGAGAUCAAGUGAUUGCACAACUGGAGAGUCUUGAGCUGCUGCCAUUUGGAAAAGCUACAAGAAAAAGAAAAAGAACUGCAAACGUAAAUCAUAAUUGGAAGAAGAAAAGUAUCUUUUUUGAAUUACCUUAUUGGAGAACAAAUUGA